AUGGCGCAGAUGAUCGAGGGCCCUCCCGAGAACUUUAGUAACUACCCAAGACUCCUGGCCCUCUUGGAAGGUGCCACUAUUUGGAUGCCAGGCGACUCCCUCAUUCCGGGAUCAGGAGGUCGGCUUGCUGCCGUGGAGGACCCUAUGAGACGACGGGAUGAGGUCAGCGUGGGAAAGUCAUAG